UGGCGGAGUCCUUCGUGUCGUCGUUCGCAUGAGCCCCUUGGAGUGAGUGUAUUGGGGAGAGCUGGUUACACAUAAUAGGAAUCUCAAAGUGAUCAGCCUUUGUACUUUUUCCACGUUUGAAGAUGGUGAAGCUGGAUAUUCAUACUCUGGCUCAUCACCUGAAGCAGGAACGCUUGUAUGUAAACUCUGAGAAGCAGCUCAUUCAGAGGCUCAAUGCAGAUGUACUUAAGACAGCUGAGAAGUUGUAUCGUACAGCAUGGAUUGCAAAGCAGCAGAGAAUAAAUUUGGAUCGGCUUAUCAUAACUAGUGCUGAAGCUUCCCCUGCUGAAUGUUGCCAACAUGCCAAGAUUUUGGAAGAUACACAGUUUGUUGAUGGAUAUAAACAGUUGGGAUUUCAGGAGACUGCUUAUGGAGAAUUCUUGAGUCGAUUAAGGGAAAAUCCUCGUCUAAUUGCCUCUUCUUUGGUUGCUGGAGAGAAACUUAAUCAGGAGAACACACAAAGUGUUAUUUAUACAGUUUUUACCUCCCUAUAUGGCAACUGCAUUAUGCAAGAAGAUGAAAGCUACCUCCUUCAGGUUUUGCGAUACUUGAUUGAAUUUGAACUUAAGGAAAGUGACAACCCCAGGCGACUUUUGAGGAGAGGAACUUGUGCCUUCAGUAUCUUAUUUAAACUUUUUUCUGAAGGACUGUUUUCUGCCAAACUUUUCCUCACAGCUACUUUACAUGAGCCAAUCAUGCAACUGCUUGUUGAAGAUGAAGAUCACUUGGAAACAGAUCCAAACAAGCUAAUUGAGAGGUUUUCCCCAUCUCAACAGGAAAAACUCUUUGGGGAGAAGGGCUCAGAUAGAUUUAGGCAAAAGGUUCAAGAGAUGGUAGAGUCCAAUGAAGCCAAGCUAGUGGCUUUGGUGAACAAAUUUAUUGGUUAUCUCAAGCAGAACACAUAUUGCUUUCCACAUAGUUUGAGGUGGAUUGUGUCGCAGAUGUACAAAACCCUCUCCUGUGUAGAUAGACUGGAAGUUGGGGAGGUCAGGGCAAUGUGUACUGAUCUCCUGUUGGCCUGCUUCAUUUGUCCUGCAGUGGUCAAUCCAGAACAGUAUGGAAUAAUUUCUGAUGCUCCUAUUAAUGAAGUGGCACGAUUUAAUUUGAUGCAGGUUGGCCGCCUUUUGCAGCAGUUAGCAAUGACUGGAUCUGAAGAGGGAGAUCCUCGAACGAAGAACAGCCUUGGAAAAUUUGACAAAAGCUGUGUUGCUGCUUUCCUUGAUGUUGUGAUUGGGGGCCGUGCAGUGGAGACCCCUCCAAUGUCUUCUGUUAAUCUUCUGGAAGGGUUGAGCAGAACUGUGGUUUAUAUAACCUACAGUCAGCUUAUUACUCUGGUGAAUUUUAUGAAGAGUGUGAUGUCUGGAGAUCAACUGAGAGAAGAUAGAAUGGCUCUUGACAAUUUAUUGGCAAACCUACCCCAGGCCAAGCCAGGAAAAAGUAGCAGUUUAGAAAUGACUCCCUACAAUACUCCUCAGCUAUCUCCAGCAACCACUCCAGCAAAUAAAAAGAAUCGAUUACCUAUAGCCACUCGGAGCAGAAGCCGCACCAAUAUGCUAAUGGACCUACAUAUGGACCAUGAAGGAUCAUCUCAAGAAACCAUCCCAGAGGUGCAACCAGAAGAGGUGCUGGUCAUUUCCUUAGGGACAGGUCCCCAGCUUACUCCAGGGAUGAUGUCAGAAAAUGAGGUCCUAAACAUGCAGCUCUCGGAUGGAGGACAAGGAGAUGUCCCUGUUGAUGAAAACAAACUCCACGGUAAACCUGAUAAAACCUUGCGCUUUUCCCUCUGCAGUGAUAAUCUGGAAGGAAUAUCUGAAGGUCCUUCAAAUCGCUCCAAUUCAGUGUCCUCUCUAGACCUGGAAGGGGAGUCUGUAUCAGAACUUGGAGCAGGACCUUCUGGGAGUAAUGGAGUUGAAGCUCUACAGCUCUUAGAACAUGAGCAAGCUACAACGCAAGAUAAUCUUGAUGAUAAGCUAAGGAAGUUUGAAAUUCGUGACAUGAUGGGACUAACAGAUGAUAGAGACAUAUCAGAAACAGUGAGUGAGACUUGGAGUACAGAUGUCUUGGGAAGUGACUUUGACCCUAACAUUGAUGAAGAUCGCUUGCAAGAAAUUGCAGGUGCAGCAGCAGAGAACAUGUUAGGCAGUUUGCUGUGCCUCCCAGGUUCGGGAUCAGUGCUGCUUGAGCCCUGCACUGGUUCUACAAUAUCGGAGACAACAAGCGAAGCUUGGAGUGUAGAGGUGUUGCCAAGUGACUCAGAGGCCCCAGACCUAAAGCAGGAGGAACGCCUGCAAGAAUUGGAGAGCUGUUCUGGACUGGGUAGCACAUCUGAUGAUACAGAUGUCAGGGAGGUCAGUUCCCGCCCCAGCACACCAGGCCUCAGUGUUGUGUCGGGCAUAAGUGCAACCUCUGAGGAUAUUCCCAAUAAGAUCGAAGACCUGAGAUCUGAGUGCAGCUCUGAUUUUGGGGGUAAAGAUUCUGUCACUAGUCCAGACAUGGAUGAAAUAACUCAUGGUGCCCACCAGCUGACCUCUCCUCCUUCUCAGUCAGAGUCUCUGCUGGCCAUGUUUGAUCCACUGUCUUCACACGAAGGAGCUUCUGCUGUGGUUAGGCCAAAGGUUCACUAUGCUAGGCCAUCACAUCCACCACCAGAUCCCCCAAUCCUGGAAGGAGCUGUGGGAGGAAAUGAGGCCAGGUUGCCAAACUUUGGUUCCCAUGUUUUAACUCCAGCCGAAAUGGAGGCAUUCAAGCAAAGGCAUUCUUACCCUGAGAGAUUAGUUCGAAGCAGGAGUUCUGAUAUAGUAUCUUCUGUCCGGCGACCCAUGAGUGACCCCAGCUGGAACCGACGUCCAGGGAAUGAAGAGCGAGACCUCCCUCCGGCUGCAGCCAUUGGUGCUACUUCUUUGGUGGCUGCACCUCAUUCAUCAUCUUCGUCCCCGAGCAAGGACUCCUCAAGAGGAGAGACUGAAGAACGCAAAGAUAGUGAUGAUGAGAAAUCAGACAGGAACAGACCUUGGUGGAGAAAACGUUUUGUUUCAGCCAUGCCUAAAGCUCCUAUACCAUUUAGAAAGAAAGAAAAACAAGAAAAAGACAAAGAUGAUCUGGGGCCUGACAGAUUCUCAACACUCACAGAUGAUCCCAGCCCUAGACUCAGUGCACAGGCUCAGGUUGCUGAGGACAUUCUGGACAAAUACAGGAAUGCCAUUAAACGGACCAGCCCCAGCGAGGGAGCAAUGGCAAACUAUGAAAGUGCAGAGGUUAUGGGUGAUGGUGAAAGUGCACAUGAUUCUCCACGGGAUGAAACACUGCAGAACAUCUCGGCCGAUGAUCUCCCCGACUCCGCAAGCCAAGCAGCUCACCCUCAGGACUCAGCUUUCUCUUACAGAGAUGCGAAAAAGAAACUGAGGCUUGCUCUUUGCUCUGCCGACUCUGUUGCCUUCCCAGUGCUAACCCAUUCGACGAGGAAUGGUUUACCAGACCAUACAGACCCAGAAGACAAUGAAAUUGUAUGCUUCUUAAAAGUUCAAAUAGCUGAAGCAAUUAAUUUACAAGAUAAGAACUUAAUGGCUCAACUUCAAGAAACAAUGCGUUGUGUAUGCCGUUUUGAUAAUAGGACUUGUAGAAAACUGCUGGCGUCUAUUGCUGAGGACUACAGGAAAAGAGCCCCAUAUAUUGCUUAUCUCACUCGUUGUCGACAAGGACUACAGACCACACAGGCUCACCUGGAAAGGCUGUUACAAAGGGUUUUGCGGGACAAAGAGGUGGCCAAUCGAUACUUUACAACUGUCUGUGUGAGGUUACUGCUUGAGAGCAAAGAAAAGAAGAUCAGGGAAUUCAUUCAAGACUUUCAGAAGCUCACAGCAGCUGAUGAUAAAACUGCUCAGGUAGAAGAUUUUCUGCAGUUUCUUUAUGGUGCGAUGGCCCAGGAUGUAAUAUGGCAAAACGCAAGUGAAGAGCAGCUUCAGGAUGCGCAGCUGGCCAUUGAGCGAAGCGUGAUGAACCGGAUUUUCAAGCUCGCUUUCUACCCUAAUCAGGAUGGUGACAUACUUCGUGACCAGGUUCUUCAUGAACAUAUCCAGAGAUUGUCUAAAGUAGUGACUGCAAAUCACAGAGCUCUUCAGAUACCAGAGGUUUAUCUUCGAGAAGCACCGUGGCCAUCUGCACAAUCAGAAAUCAGGACAAUAAGUGCUUACAAAACCCCCCGGGACAAAGUGCAGUGCAUCCUGAGAAUGUGCUCUACAAUUAUGAACCUGCUGAGCCUGGCCAACGAGGACUCAGUCCCCGGAGCAGAUGACUUUGUCCCUGUGUUGGUGUUUGUGUUGAUAAAGGCAAAUCCACCCUGCUUGCUGUCCACUGUUCAGUAUAUCAGUAGCUUUUAUGCCAGCUGUCUGUCUGGAGAGGAGUCCUAUUGGUGGAUGCAGUUCACAGCAGCUGUGGAAUUCAUUAAAACCAUUGACGACCGAAAGUGACCAAGACCAAGGCCACCAAGGCAGCAGACUGUUAGUUGGGCAUAGAGAUCUCUAAGAAAAUGUACCAGCUGCUUUGAAGGCUGAAGAAAAUUGUUUUUGUAUAAUAUUGUACAGCAUUCAGACAUUUUAAAACAGAUCUUUACUAAACAGAUUAAUGAGCUAACAAGCAGGUUCUCUUUUCUUUGGGCUCUUUCCUUUCUGAGUUGCAUAUUUUAUUUUCUUGUCCCCAAGUAGAGAAUAGUACUGCAAAAAGGGACCACAUUUUUCAGGCAUUUUUAAAUAUUAAAAAACAGAACAGAAUCUCUUAGAAAAUUCCUAGGCCUCCAUUCAUAGAUACCUAUUCUUUCUUUUUAUUUAAAAAAAAAAAAAAACAGUACCCCUCUUUUAUGAUGCUGUCUUAUCUUAUGUGCAUCUAAUGGAAGGAAAAUAUCAGUUGCACUGAGGAUUAUAAUAGUGGUGUAUUAGUGGCAUUAUCUAUAAAUACACUCACCUAAAUUGAAAAGCUAAGAAGGAAAUGU